UAUAUACACAUGUAAACUUCGUAAACAAUUACCAAAGUUGUAGCCCAAAUACACAAUCGAAUCAACCAUGCAAGACCCUCUUUUUUCUUCUCCAAUCUCCCAAGACCUUCUUGAGAAACAAACCCAAAGCGAAGAUCCUCAUCAAAAUGUUAACACAAAGAAAAAAAAGAUAAGCAAAAGGCUUCCUCUACUUCCUCUCAUCUUCCUCAUCUACUUCCAAGUCUCCGGAGGGCCUUACGGCCAAGAGUCCGUCGUGGGGGCGGCGGGGCCACUAUGUGCCAUCGUCGGCUUCAUCAUGUUCCCUGCCCUCUGGUCCAUACCGGAGGCACUCAUCACAGCCGAGCUCGCCACCGCCUUUCCCACCAACGGUGGCUUCGUUGUGUGGUCACACACCGCGUUUGGUCCCUUCUGGGGAUACCUAAUGGGGUCAUGGAAGUUCAUGAGUGGAGUUGUAAACCUAGCUUUGUUCCCAGGUCUCUGCGUACAAUACGUAGACGCCAUAGCCCCAUCUCUAAACCUCACUUCAACCCUAACUCGCUACUCGGUCGUCUUCUUCUCCACCACAUUUCUCUCUUUAAUAAACUUCACUGGCUUACAUGUCGUUGGUCACAUCUCCAUACCACUAGCAGCUUUGUCUCUUUUACCAUUCUUAGCAUUGUCGUUUGUAGCAAUCCCCCAGAUCGAUCCCGGUAGAUGGAUAGCCCUUUGGAACGAAAGUAACACACUUGGAAGGAAAAAAGAGUGGAAAAACUACUUUCACGCCCUUUUUUGGAACCUAAAUUGUUGGGACAGUGUUAGUACUUUAGUUGGUGAGAUCAAGAAACCUGAAGAAAACCUACCAAAAGCUCUUCUCUCAUCCAUGGGGCUAACUUCACUAGCUUACUUGAUCCCUCUCCUCGCCGUCAGCGGCGCCAUGAAGCCGGACCCCGACGACUGGAAAGACGGCUUCUACGCCGCCAUAGGGGAGGAGCUAUCCGGGCCAUGGCUCAAACGUUUCAUCAAAUUUGGUGCAGUCUUAUCUGGCCUCGGACUCUACCAAGCCCAGCUGAGUAGCUGCUCCUACCAGCUCCAUGGCAUGGCGGAACUAGGGCUUUUACCGCGGUUUUUCGGUGCUCGGUCGGGCACCUUCGACACACCUUGGGUUGGGAUUAUGGUGUCCACAGUCUUAUCUCUCAUCGUUGCGGCUUUUAGGUUUGAGAACAUGAGGGUUUGUGUGAAUUUCUUUUAUAGUUUGGGGACGGUGAUGGAGUUUGGUGCUUUUAUUUACUUGAGGGUGAAGUUUCCCAAAGCUAUUAGGCCUUUUAAGAUUCCAAUAGAGCUUAAUGGGUUGAUAGCGAUGUGUUCGGUUCCAUCUAUUUUUCUUCUAUUCGUGCUGUGUGCAGCUACUCCGGCAGUUUACUUUCUGAGUGUUGUGCUGACUUCGUUUGGUGUGUUGUGGUACUUUAUGAUGAAUAUGUUAAAAUCCAAUAAGUGGGUUGAGUUCAACAACGUUAAAAGCCCCAAAAUAGUGGAGGAGUAUUAUCCAAGCUACUAUGAGGAAAUUGAGAAGAAAUAAGAGGGAACUUAUACGUUGGAGUGCAUGUGUUUAUGUAGCGACUUAUUAUGUGUACAAGACGAAUUUUAUAGGUUGUCAUAUUUAUAUUUGUAGAAUGUUGUAUGGAUGUACAUAUAUAAGUUAAACCCUUAUAUAUCGUAUAAUUGUUCUCAUGUGUACUCCUGCGAACGUUAUUUUGUGACAAAAUAAAGUGUAAUAUCUUUUUUUAA